AUGGCGUCGAUCGCAACUCGGCACCAUACGUGGCCCAUAUUUUGCAUCGCGGACGGUUGCAAAUCCCAUGACCGACACGACGAGAGGAGUGGCGUGCGAAUUCUCGUGGCCAACCAGCACCCGUUGCACAACCCCUCCUCUCUCUUGUCGUCAUUUCUGGUUAUUCGCGGGCAGUCGUACCCUAUCACGGGCGUAUCAUCUUGCAGGACCGUUACGACUGGCGACGGCUGGCGCUGA